CAGAAAGUUUGGCAAACCAUAGUAAGGAUUUUGUAGAAACAAGGGCUUAUACCUUUCCAAACAAAACAACAAAACGGGGUCCAUUACAGUUACACAAUGCUGUUCCUUUAACAUUUCAUACAAAUGAAUGUGAUGUUUCAUGAAUCUCCAUACUCACCUUCCUUUGUCCCUUCACCUCCCUAUAUGUCUUUACUAAUCCAUCCAAAACUUUAUACUUUUUAGUCAACUUCAAGGUUUUCAAUACCAUUUCACUCUUUUUCUUGCACUAUAUCUUCUCUAAUAUAACGACAUUUUCACACCUAAGGCAUGUCGGCUGUCUGACACGUUCGGGUUCGGUUACACUAGGCCAAUGAGAAACGGACACAUGUUAGUUACAUUCAAUCACUUUUGUUUUUGUGGGACACCACGGUACACUCAGUUAUAUUAGUCCCCUUCAUAUCAAGAAUCUUCUUCACCUCUCCUCCUUGGUUUUUCUCUUCUCUAUAUCCUUUUUACACCACGGUACACUCAGUUAUAUUAGUCCCCAAUCAUGGUUAGUUUCCGUUAGUUUCGACCUUCUCGGACUUUUUUGUUGUGAUAUAUAGACAGACAACAAAGCUAUGGGAAUUAAUAUUGUUUCUGCCAUGGGAGUUUGUUUGGGAAGCCAAGUCAAAGCUGAUGGCCAAACUAAUUCUGGGUUAAGUUCAAAGAGUGUGAAUCUUGAUACAGAAGAUAUAAUUCUCACUAGCCCAACUAGUGAGAUUGAGAUAUCGGCCGGAUCGGUGUCUCGGACUGAUCCGUGUGUGGGGGAGAUUUUGCAGUCAUCGAAUUUGAAGAGCUUUGCUUUGACAGAACUUCAGGCUGCCACGAGAAAUUUUCGUGUAGACAGUGUGUUAGGAGAUGGAGGAUUUGGAUCAGUUUUUAAGGGUUGGAUUGAUGAAAACUCGGCUUCUGCUGCUAAGCCUGGCAAAGGCAUUGCUGUUGCUGUCAAAAAACUUUGUCAGGAUGGGCUCAAAGGUCAUGAGGAGAUGUUGGCUGAUGUCAAUUAUCUAGGCCAACUUUCACAUCCUCAUCUAGUGAAACUGAUUGGAUACUGCCUUGAGGAUGAAAACAAGCUUCUGGUCUACGAAUUUAUGCCGCGUGGCAGCUUGGAGAAUCACUUGUUUCUCAGAGGCUCAUAUUUUCAACCUCUUUCUUGGUGCCUACGUUUGAAGGUUGCUAUUGGUGUUGCGAAAGGCCUCGCAUUUCUUCACAGUGCGGAUAAAAAAGUGAUAUACCGAAAUUUCAAGACUUCAAAUGUCUUGCUAGAUUCAAAUUAUAAUGCAAAACUUUCUAAUUUUGGGCUGGCAAAGGUCGGGUCCGCGGUUGAUAAAGGUCGUGUCUCCACCAGACUAACCUAUGGAUAUGCAGCUCCAGAAUACGUAGCCACCGGUAUUCACAGUGCUAAGAGUGGUGUCUAUAGUUUUGGAGUUGUCCUAUUGGAAAUAUUAUCAGGGAGGAGAGUUGUUGACAAGAACAGACCACAAAGACAACAGAAUUUGGUGGAAUGGGCUAAGCCUUAUCUGCCCAGCAAGCGUAAGAUUUUGCGCGUAAUGGAUAACCGUCUUGAAGGCCAAUAUGAACUAGACGAUGCAUAUAAGGUUGCUACACUCUCCCUAAGGUGCCUCGCAACAGAAGCCAAGUUGAGACCAAACAUGGAUGAGGUUGUCACUAAUUUGGAGCUGUUGCAGGUUCAAAAUGUAGAUGGGUGCAAUCAGAAUCAUUUGCGUAGAAGAAGUGCUGAUGAUGUUACCCGUGUUAGAACAGCCACGGCUUAUCCUCAACGCUCUACGUCUAUGCUCUGUACAUGACAUUUCACAUUGCAAAAUGCAGAUAUAGCAGCAUCCUUGAGAGUUAACAAAGCUAAAUGUACUUGAAUGCAGUGAAGCCCAUACCAUGAAGUGUUACCAAAUAAAUUGUACAUAUUUUACUAUAGAAUAAUGUUUCAUAACCAAAUUUCUCUUGGACAUUUUGCUUGUUGAGAAGGCCUAUGUCUAUGAAUAAUUGGAUCUAGUGUUUGGGCUUUUCUAGAGCUUUUGUAUGUUUC